AUGCUUGUUGUUUGUCAAUGUAAUAGCAAAUUAAAAAAGGUUGGCAAUACUUAUUUCUUUUGUAAAGCAUCAGACGCCAUUUUAUUGGCUACAAGGCUCUUACACAAUACUAUGGCGGCCAACGGCGCUACCACGACGGGAGCUCCUCCCGCUAAAAAGAGCAAAAAAGCCAAUGAUGGUGCAAGUACUGAAGAAGACACAGAAACACAAAAGGCUCUUGAAGAAAUUGACGCUUGCCAAAACGAAAUAGAUUAUUUGAAUGAAAAAGCAAGUGAAGAAAUUUUGAAAGUUGAACAGAAAUAUAAUCAACUCAGAAAGCCUCAUUUAGAAAAAAGAAAUGAAUUUAUAAAAAGCAUUCCGAAUUUUUGGGUAACUGCUUUUGUCAAUCACCCUCAAAUUUCAGGUAUAUUGGAAGAAGAAGAAGAAGAUUGUUUACAUUAUUUAACUAAACUUGAAGUGGAAGAGUUUGAAGAUAUAAAAUCUGGGUACAGGAUUAAUUUCCAUUUUUCUCCAAAUCCUUUCUUUGAAAAUGAAAUAUUAACAAAAGAGUUUCAUUUGGGCACCUCUGGGGAUCCUGCAUCAGAAAGCACUCCCAUCAGAUGGAAAGAAGGGAAAAAACUUCCAAAGCAAUCUAAAGAUUUAAAGUCAAGGAAAAGGGCUAUGGAACACAAAAGCUUCUUUAAAUGGUUCACAGAUAAUGGAGACCCAUCUUAUGAUGACAUAGCGGAAGUUAUCAAAGAUGAUAUGUGGCCAAAUCCUCUUCAGUAUUAUUUGGUUCCCGAUAUUGAGGUUGAAAAUGGAGUGGAUGAAGGAGACAGCGAAGAAGCAGAAGAAGAUGAUGAUGGUGCAAUCGAGGAAGAAGAAGAAGAUGAUCUGGAAGGAGAAGACGGAGAAGAAGAAGUUGAAGAGGAAGAGGGAGAUGAAGAUGGUGGAGACGAGUGA